GACAGGAUUUGGAAGGAAGUGGUUGUGGCUUACUCGAGAUACUAUCCUGGCAUUUGCCAGGAGAUACUGAGGGAACUCACGUGAAACAGCCUGGCGGUGUACCUGCCGAGAUUCGAACCGAGCACCUCCGGCAUACAUGUCAAGAGCGUUGCAGCUAUACCAACCAGCUCGAUUGUGAACGUAAAAGCAUGUCUCUCAAGAUGAAUGUCUGCGCAUGGAUUGUGACAAUGAUUGUGAUAUGCAUUAUUGUGUACAUCAUCGCACUGCUGCUAGUAGACUGUGAUCUGAGUUUAGCAUGGGCAACUAAAGUGGGGAAGCCUAUAGAUACAUUGUGUGGCAAGGUCGUGUGGAUUACUGGAGCCUCUAGUGGCAUUGGUGAGCACAUUGCUCUUGCUUUUGCCCGUGGAGGAGCCAAGCUUGUCCUGUCAGCUCGCAGAUUGAAUGAACUUGAGAGAGUUCAGAGUAAUUGUCUCAGGAUUGGGAAGAAUCUCACAGAACGAGAUGUCUUGGUGAUGCCAAUGGAUGUUACAGCAGUUGACCAGAUGGAGUUCCACUUUCAGCAGGUCUUAGAACAUUUUGGGAAGCUGGACAUCCUAGUAAACAAUGCAGGUCGAUCACAGCGAGCAGAGUGGGAAGACAUUGAACUUGGUGUCGAUAGAGAGAUGUUUGAUCUCAAUGUUUUUGGGGUGGUAGCCUUGUCUCGCAUUGCUGUGCGCUACUUCCAGAGGAAGAGUGAAGGGCAUAUUGUAGUCACAUCAAGUCUUGCUGGAGUGAAGGCAGUUCCAUUUUCAGGCAGCUAUACUGGUGCAAAACAUGCCAUACAUGGUUACUUCGAUGCUCUAAGGAUAGAGAAGCUGGCAAGCAACAUAGCAGUGACUUUGCUGUGCCCUGGUCCUGUGCAUAGCAACUUCCUGGCCGAGAGUUUUACAGACAGAGCUGGAGAGAAAUUUGGACAGGCUGUGGAGGCAACUGAUAGACGGAUGACUGCAGAGCGAUGUGGAUAUCUGUGUGCAGUUGCUAUUGCCAAUAAGCUGGAAGAAGCAUGGAUGGCUUUGUUUCCAAUCAUUCCUUUAUACUACAUUUUUGUCUACUAUCCCAACAUCACAUCCCUAUUCGUGCAUUACCUUGGCGCUCGAUUCUUUCUAAAGAUGCGUGACACCAAAGUGAGAAAGGAGAUGAGAACUGUGUGAAUAUGUUAUCAGCUGCAUUCUGGUUGUGCUGUAGGCUCCACCAUCAACUGCCCAGACCUUACAUAUCAUAUCAAUUUGAAGCAAGUUCACUGACCAGAGGUGGAGCUUCAUUAAACAAAAACUGACAUGGUUUGAAGAAAGAAUAAGAAAAACGUGGUAAGGUAAUUCAUACAGCAUAGAGGUUCCCAAACUUCUAUACGUUGCACCCCCCUUAAAACAGUUAAUAAUUUCAUGCCCCCCUUCCAGAACAAGUGCAACAGAUUUGACAUAAAAUUUAGCUCUCUCUCUCUCUCUGUGAGAGAGAUGGCAAUAAAGCUCAAGAACUGGUGUGAAGAAAGAAAGAAAAAGAAUAAAUACAAGGAAAUAAAAAUUGUUUUAUUUCUAUUCAAGUAAUUUCCGCCAACUUGAAUGCAUCUGUUGAAACUUUUAAAAACUUGUUUGAAAACAGUCAGCAAAGGCCUCCAAAGAACAGUGUUCAGUUUGACAUAACUUACCAUAUUGAAAUUGAAGUUUUGAAAUGGCCACUCAAAGGUAAUUUUUCAGCUUCAUCAUAGAACAAUGCUUUGUUUUGAUGGCUGCCACUGCUGAAAAUCCAGUCUUGCAUAGGUAAGAUGUUGCAAAAGGAAGGAGGAUGUUCAGAGCUUUCCUGCUGAGGUGAGUGAACUCUCCAAUGCCCACCCCAGGUUCUUUGUACAACUUCAUAGGAAACUGUACUUUUAAAGAAGUAUCAUAUAUAAUAUCUAUUCUUCAAGAGAGAAAAGUCUUAAUAUUGAAGCAGAUCAUGGAAUGGAUCUAUGAUCCAUUUUUAUUGAUCACGUACUGGUUCUGGAAAAUACUUAGAAAACCAGGACUGUAGAUUAACUGAGUGAUCUUUGAUACACUGAUCAAUUCCAGUGUGACUUCACAGAAUCUUUCAAAUGAGAACAUGUCCAUACUUUUCACUUCUAGUUUUCUGAACUGUAAGUCCAACUUUUGAAUAAAUGCCUUCAUUUUAUCAAUCGCUACAAUGAUCAUUCCCUUGCAUACUUGUGUUCAAUACACUGAACUUCUGAGAAAUAUCACUUAAGUAUGCUAACUCAGAAACGUGUUCAUUACAAAAAUGUUAAGCGUGUACUAUGAUUUUUCCUCUCCUAAAAACAGUGUUGCUACUUCUUGCAAGUUGUAAGCAUGAACCACAACUUUCCUCAUAAUAGCCAAUGAGAAUUACAGUAAAACUGGAGUGACUGAUGCUGUGCCUCCAUUUCCUUGGAUAAUUCUGCAAAGUCUGCUAUUUAGUGGAUGAGUCUUUAUGUAGUUUACAGCUUUGAUCACUGUAUCCGUCACUCCAGAGUUCUGGGCAUAACUCAUUCAUAGCUUCUAGUACUCGUUUAAUCAAAACUUGCGCUCCUUUAUUUCCCACCAUUCUGCGAGCCCAAUCCAUGCAUACUCAAACAUCUCACCAUUUUAUCUUUCAUGAAGUCAUCAAUUUUGAAGUUCUUUUGCUGUUGCUCCUCUUUUUAUAGGCUUGCAAGGAAGUAUAAAACUGUGAUUUUAGUCCUAAAGCAAACUAUACUGACCAAGUGACCGCCGCUUGUUGGCAAAGUUAGUGCCAACUUUAG